AUGGAAACACCUCGUGAUAUCCCACUCGAGUCACUAGACCAGCGCAGCCUUACGGCUUCCCGCUUGUCCAGUACCACAUCACGUGAACCGAGCAGCAAUAGGAAAGCGGUGCUAGUUGCCACGGCCUCCUUCAUGGUCACCUUUACCGGAUGCGGCCUAACCUUUGCCUUUGGAGUCUACCAGGAGCUGUACGAAUCCCUCGGAGGGCCAUUUGCGAAUGCCAGCCCGGCCACCAUCGACUUGAUCGGAACCUUGGCCGUGUCGCUGAUGACCAUGGGAGCGCCUUUUGCUUCUGCUUGGACCAAAGCAUACUCACCGCGAACUGUGACCCUCAUCGGCGCAGUCAUAUUCGCUUUGGGCAACAUCCUCGCCUCAUUUAGCCAGCGGCUGUGGCAUUUCAUCCUUACCCAAGGCAUAAUCCUUGGCAUUGGCACUUGCUUAUCAUACAUACCAGCCGUCACCAUUGCUCCCGGAUGGUUCAACGAGAAGAGGGCACUCGCCAUGGGAGUCAUCCUCAGCGGCACCGGCGUCGGCGGCGUCUUCUGGGCCCCGGUAAUCCGCCUCCUCAACGAAUUUAUCGGCUUCAGACAUGCCCUUCAGUUGACCGGCGGCGUUGCCUUCCUCCUGAUCUCGGCUGCCGGCAUGAUUCUGAGCUGGGACGCCGAGAGCGAAAGGAGAAUCGCUCUGGAACGUCAAACGCGGUCUUCACGCACCGGCGCCUUUCAAGUCCCCUUGGUCAACUGGCGAGUGGCACGGAGCAAGAAGUUCCUGGCCCACGCCCUCAGCGCCCUGUUCCAAGCCGCCGCGUACUACGGCCCCAUUUACUUCUUAUCCGCCUACGCACGCACACUGGGAUACAGCGCAGCCGCAGGCGCAAACCUUAUCGCCAUCAGCAACGCUUCCAGUGCUGGAGGCAAGGUCGUUUUGGGGUACGUCGCUGACCGAUUCGGCCGGUUGAACACGCUCUUCCUAUGCACCUUGGUGAGCACCUUCAUAACGCUCGGCCUCUGGCUGCCCUCGACGCUCCUUGGCCAGAACACCGCCAGCAAGGCUCUGUUCAUCACCUUCGCAAUCACCUAUGGCAUCUUCGCCGGCGCCUACGUCUCGCUCUUCCCGACGAGUCUGAUGGAGGUCUUCGGCGCGCAGAAUUUUGCCAGUGUCAAUGGUUUCCUGUACAUGGCACGCGGCUGCGGCGCGUUGCUGGGCACUCCCAUCACCGGCUCCCUUGUGCGCAACGGCAAGGUGGGUUCGGGUGUGGCGUUGGGGUCUCCGUUGGGUUACAGGAACAGCUGUACCAUGAUAGGUGCUUUGCUUGCCGCUGCCACAGUAACGUCCCUCUGGCUGCGGCUUGAGGCUGCUGGAGUAAGCAAGUUCAGGGCUUGA